AUGGCACGGCCUCCUGGGCUCUGCCUGCUGGCCCUGCUGGCCCUGGGGCUGGGGGCGGGGGGCUCGCCCGCCUGCCUGGACCCCCGGGGGCAGCCCCGCCGCUGCAUGCCCGUCUUCGAGAACGCCGCCUUCGGCCGGGCCGCCCGGGCCACCAACACGUGCGGGUCGCCCCCGGAGGACUAUUGCCUGCAGAUGGGCACCCGCCACGACAGCGCCCUGUGCCACCGCUGCGAUGCCGCCGACCCCCGGCUCCACCACAACGCCUCCUUCCUCACCGACUUCCACAGCCAGGAGGAGAGCACCUGGUGGCAGAGCCAGUCCAUGGCCUUCGGCAUCCAGCACCCCAACUCCGUCAACAUCACCCUCCACCUCGGCAAAGCCUACGAGAUCACCUACGUGCGGCUGAAGUUUCACACCAGCCGCCCUGAGAGCUUCGCCAUCUACAAGCGCAGCCACGCCGGGGGGCCCUGGGUGCCCUUCCAGUACUACAGCGCAUCCUGCCAGAAGACCUACGGGAAGCGGCCGCGGCAGUACCUGAGGCCGGGGGAGGAUGAGCAGGUGGCCUUCUGCACCGAUGAGUUCAGCGACAUCUCCCCGCUGAGCGGGGGCAAUGUGGCCUUCUCCACCCUCGAGGGACGGCCCAGCGCCUACAACUUCGAUGGGAGCCCCGCGCUGCAGGAGUGGGUGACAGUCACUGACCUGCUUAUCUCCUUGAACCGGCUCAACACAUUUGGGGAUGACAUCUUCAAGGACCCCAAGGUGCUGCAGUCAUACUACUACGCUAUCUCUGACUUCUCAGUCGGUGGCAGGUGCAAAUGCAACGGCCACGCCAGCGAGUGUGCGCCGGACGAGGCCGGGCAGCUGGUCUGUGUGUGCCAGCACCACACGGCCGGCGUGGACUGCGAGCGCUGCCAGCCCUUCUACCAGGACCGGCCCUGGGCACGCGGCACCGCCGAGGCUGCCAACGAGUGUCUCCCCUGCAACUGCAGCGGCCGCUCCGAGGAGUGUUGCUACGACCGGAGAGCUGUUCCGGCGCAGGCGGGCAACGGGCGGCACUGCCGCCACUGCCGCGACAACACGGCGGGGCCCCACUGCGAGCGGCUGCCUGGCAGAACCACUAGCCGCUGGGAGCCACAGGCAGCCUGCCAGCCCUGCCACUGCCACCCCGCAGGCUCCCUGCAGCCCCAGUGUGACAACUCGGGGACCUGCCUCUGCAAAGCCAACGUGACGGGAUGGAAGUGUGAGCGCUGCAAGGACGGCUACCACAGCCUCAGUGAAGGUGGCUGCAGACCUUGCACCUGUGACCCAGCGGGCAGUGUUGGGACCUGCGACCAAAACACAGGGCACUGCACCUGCAAGGAGAGGGUGGAGGGGCACUUGUGCAACAGGUGCCAGCCAGGCUGGUUUAAUCUGCAGCCCCACAACCCCAUUGGUUGCACCAGCUGUUUCUGCUACGGCCACUCCACCGCUUGCACAGCAGCCGAUGGAUACGAGGAGACUCACAUCCGCUCCAACUUCAGCCACGGGCUGGAGGGCUGGGCUGCCACAGCUCCAGGCACCACAGACCUGCCCCUGCGCUGGGCUGGCGGGGAGAUCUUCACCGAGUGGGAUGGAGAGGAGCCGGUGGAUUUUCGUGCACCAGAGAAGUUUCUGCAGAACCAGCGCCUCAGUUAUGGGCAGCUCCUGUCCCUGCUGUUGGGAGUGGAGAACAGGACAGGGACAGAGCUCGGGAUGCCUCUGCUCCAAGUCCAGCUAGUUCUGGAGGGUGAGGGGAUGGAGAUCACCAUGCCCAGCAGCAAGAAUCAGCCCCAGCAUGGAAAGCAAGCUGUCGCCUUCAGGCUGCACGAGGCAGAGGAGGGUGCAGAGCCUUUGCUGUCAGCCUUCAGCUUCCAGCGCCUGCUCUCCAACCUGACCGCCCUCCGGCUCCGUGUGAGCCGCGGCCCCGUGCGAGGUGGGUGGCUGUCCCUGAGCGAGGUCCAGCUCACAUCUGCCAGCCCUGGGCUGGGGACCCGGGCGGGCUGGGUGGAGGAGUGCACGUGUCCCACGGGCUAUGCCGGGCAGUUCUGCCAGUCCUGCGCGCCCGGAUUCAAGCGGGAGAUCCCCUUCGGAGGCCCCUUCGUCAGCUGCGUGCCCUGCGCCUGCAACCAGCACGGGGACUGUCACCCCCUCACAGGGCACUGCCAGUGUUUGCACAACACAGAGGGUCCCUCCUGCGAGCGCUGCAGCCCCGGGUUCUAUGGCAACCCCUUCGUAGGGCGCUUUGAUGACUGCAAGCCCUGCCCCUGCCCCGGAGGUUCACCCUGCACCGAGGUGCCCAGCAGUGGGGAGGUGGUCUGCACCCACUGCCCCCCGGGGCAGAGAGGGAAACGCUGUGAGCUCUGUGAUGACGGGUUUUUCGGGGACCCCCUGGGACAGAGGGGGCCUGUGCAUCCCUGUGAACCCUGCCAGUGUCAUGGGAACGUGGAUCUCAAUGCCGUGGGGAACUGUGACCCCGUGUCUGGCCGCUGCCUGCGCUGUGUGUACAACACGAUGGGCGAGCACUGCGAGAGGUGCCAGCCAGGCUUCUACGGGGACGCGCUGGCUCCCAGCCCUGCUGGGAAGUGUGCACCUUGUGAUUGCAACCCCAGUGGCUCAGACCCGGGGCUGGAGGGCUGUGAUCCUGUCACAGGCCAGUGCCACUGCCUCCCACACGUGACGGGCAGAGCCUGCGGGCACUGCCAGCCUGGCUACUACGGCCUGGAGCCCACCGUGGGGUGCAGGAGCUGUGAGUGCCACCCGACAGGGUCGCGUGACAGCGAGUGCCACGCAGUGACGGGGCAGUGCUCCUGCCAGCCAGGUGUCACGGGGAGGCAAUGUGACCGCUGCCACCACGGCUUCUUUGGCUUCUCUGCCAGGGGCUGCCGAGCCUGCAACUGCUCCCCGCUGGGCUCCGUGACCCCACAGUGCCACGAGAACAGCACCUGCCUCUGCCACCCUGGCUUUGUGGGCUACAAGUGCGACCGGUGCCAGGCCAACUUCUUCCUCGACCCUCUGAGCUCCCACUGCCAGCAGUGUCCUGCCUGCUACGGGCUGGUGAAGGACAAGGCUGACCAGCUGAAGGCCAGGCUGCAGGAGAUGGAGGAAUGGCUGCAGAAACCAGGCUGUAAUGCCCACCCAGGCCAGUCUCUCAUGCUGGGGGAUGCACCCCGGGGAGAUGGGCUGCCCAGCCCACACCUCCUGCAAGGUGCCUGGGCCACCCUGUUGGCACAGCUGGGGCAGCUGGCAGGGGCUCUGAACACCGCACGAGGCCGUCUCACCAACGCCAGCCAGGCCACCAGCUGCUCUGGCCACGGAUCCGCCAAGACCUGCAUCCUGCUGUCCGAGAUCGGGGCCGUGCUGCAGUCGGCACAGCAGGAGAUCCUGAAUGCUGCAGACACCCUGGCUACCACGGAGAUUCCCCGGGAAAUCCCUCAGCAGCCCACAAACUGGAGCCACUGGGCACUGGAGGCACGGGCUCUGUCCCAGAGCCACGAGGGCGCUGUUGCAGAGGUGGAAGCAGUGGUCAGGAGAGCGCUGCGUGCCUCCAACGCCAGCUCCGAGCUCCUGCGGAGUCUGCUGGAAGGGAAUGCGACGAGGAACGCGCAGCGUGAGCUGGAGGCUGGGUACGAGGAGAUCCAACGGGCCCAGGAGGAGCUGGGUGUGGGCAUGGAAGAGGCCAGGAGAGCUUUGGCAGCCAUGCAACAGGCAAAUGCAGACAUGGCCAAGAAACUUCUGCAGGUGGCUGCUCUGGGGCAGCAGGUACUGCCAGUGCAAGCUGGAGCCCUGGCACAGGACCUGGCAGUGCUGGAGCAGGCAGCAGCAGCCCAGGAGCUGUUGGCUCAGCAGGCUGUCGAGACAUCCCGCACACUGGCAGCUGGAUUGCGCCUGGAGCUGCAGAGGACUGAUGGCUUUGAGCAGCUGCGGGACCGGGCUGGCUCUGCCCGUGACACGGCUACCUCGGCUGUCUCACAUGGAAAAGCUGUGCACUCUGGUGCCAAGUCCCUCCUGGCCAGCUUGGAAGGCAUGAGGAAGAUGCUGCAGCAUCGGAAAGGCCUGACUGCCCUGAGGAGGAGGAUGGCCACUGUGCGGAACAGGGUUUUGGGGGAUGCCCAGAAGAAGAUUAAACAGGCAGAGAAGACACUGGGAAACUCCUUGUCCCUCUCCAUCAGAGCCCAGAGGACAGCUGGAGAGGCUGAGAAAGUCUCUGAGGAGAGUGCCAAGGUCUGAGUGGGGUGUGGGGAACUGCUGGGCAUGGCCAGGCUGGCAGCCACCACAGGCAGAGCCCAGUCCGCUGCAGGCAGGGCUGCAUGUCCUCAGGUGACUGUCCCCACCUCCAUCCCUUUGCAGAGGGCACAGGCUGUGCUGCAGGAGAGCAAACAGGCCCACAAGCAUGCCAGACAGUUUGCCAGGCAUGUCAACGAGACCCAGCGGGAGCUAUCCCGACAGGAGCACAUGGCUGAGAAGCUCAGGGGGGACCUGGAGGAAGCACACCAGGUGGGGACAGAGGUGAGUGAGAUGGCAAAAAGUCUCCGGGAAGCCCGGGGCUCACUCAUGUCGGACAUCGAGACCCUGAACAACCUGCUGAGCAGCCUCGGCAACCUGGAGCAGGACAUGGAGGUGGAGGCGGUGCUGAGUGCCGGGCAAGUGCAGCUGGAGCGGCUGUGGCAGCGCCUGGCCACGCCGGGCUCCCUGGCUGGCCAGCUCAGCCGGCUGCAGCAGGAGGCAGCCCGGCAGCAGGAGAAGAUCCAAGCAUUCGAGAGUGACUUGGCUGAGAUCCGGGCCGACAAGCGGAACCUGGAGGAUAUUUUGCGGAGCCUCCCCGAGGGCUGCUCGAAGUGACUGGUUGCUGGCUGCUGCCCCAUCCCCUCUGUGCCCCCCUGCACAGGGAAAGGCAGAGGGAAGGACACCCUGUGUUAACCAGCAUCAAUCCCUCCCACUGCUACUCACGCUGCCCUCCACAGAGUAUCACACCCCAGGUCUUUAUCUGUUACCAGUUCAGGCUCUGCAUUCCGAGUGCUCUGCAGCAAGACUCCAGCCACCAGCUCCCCUUGGGAUGGGGGGACAACCAGCUACCAGGGACCACCAACGUUUCUGUGCAGGAUAUUGAGCCAUCACAGGGCUGGUUUCUCACCAUGGAGUGAACAAAGAAUCAUCACAGAUUUCCUCCAUCUCUCCUUCCCCACCACAGCAUGGCACACUGGGCAGGGAAAGCUUAUCAAGUAUGUAACAUACCCAGGCUGUAACACCCAGCAGUCCCUCCUGCCCCAGGAGAUGAGAGAGGCUCUCACCUGCUGCACAGUGCCUUGCAGUAUCAUGCUCAUGUGCUGUGGUCAUAGAGGUGCAGAAAGGAAUCCUGGUGAAGCGAGGCAGAGAGCUGCUCACCCGAGGGCAUACAACUUGUCUGCUUUCCAAGGAAAGGGAGGUUGCAGCAGG